AUGGCCCUUCUCAUUUCCCUUUCCUUGCCCCGCUGUGCUACCCUGUUUCAGGCGCCGAGCGACGUGGCGCGGAUCGUGGCUCUAGCACGCAACGCCACUGCCACCGAGUCAGGCCAAUCGUCAGCCCUGUGCGUCGGCUGCGUGCUGCGGGAGCCCAUCAGCCCCGAUGAACAAAGUCGGCUGCAGGUGCUGCGACGCUUUAUGGGUCCCAUAUUGCGCUUACACACAUCGACGCGUGAUCCGCCAAACCGUUUACAAGGCCAUCUGGUCCUGGCUGCGCAACCCUGGAUCCAAAACUAUGACGAGCACCAAACCGAGGUUGUCCUGGACAUGGGCCCAGACGACUGGCAAUUGCUCCACGCGGAGUGA